AUGUUACAUAUUCUAUUAACAAUCUUUGGACUAAUUAUUGCACUCAUUUUUCUUACAAAAGGUACAAAAAGAACAUUAAAAGGAUUGCGGAUCCCUGGUCCGACAGGAAUACCGGUGUUUGGAAGUUUGUUUAGUGUGAAUAUAGAAAACACUCAUGAGAAGUUUUCGGAUUUUGCGCGGAUCUAUGGUGAUAUUUGUCAAGUUAAAUUGUUCAAUUACAAUGUAGUUCUACUAAACUCAGAAGUAUUAAUCAAAGCUACCUCAGCACAAAUAUACAAAGAAUAUUUAAAUGAUAGGUCGGAAACAUUCUACGGGGAAAAGGUACUCUUUGGUUCUCAAAGCACAGCAUUCUACAAGAAUGGAUAUUGCACCGUGCACGAUAAUCUGCGGAAAGGUUUUGCUAAAGCAGCUUACCUAUUUGGUCCAUCAUUUGAACGGAAUAUUUUAGAUCAAAUAGAAAACGACCUGGCAAAGAAAAUUGAAGUCUGUAAUGGAGAAGAGUUCGAGUUCACUUCCAAACUACAACUGUCAUUGACAAAAAUGCUGGCAUUCGCGUUGACUGGCAAAAUAUACAACGAUGACGAUAACGAUCUGGCUGUGUUUCGGGAAUAUACAGAUAUGGAAAGCUAUUCUCCGGGUGAAAUUCGAGGUUUUGUGGACUAUUAUCUUGAACGGCAGAGAGCGGACAUGGAGAACGGAGAGGAAAUAUUCUUUACAGAUGAAAGAAUAAUUUGUCAAAUUCUAGAAUUAAGCGCAUCUGUUAUGUUAACAACUUGGGGGACAAUUGUCAAUACAUUCUUCCUUUUGGUUAAUUUCCCGAUAUACCAGGAUAUGAUUUUUGAGCAACUAGACCGCAUUUUUGGACGUAAAGGUGACAUAAAGUACAGUGAUAAGACAAAAUGUCCAAUCCUUGAAGCUGUAGAGAUGGAAGUACAUCGAUACCUUACCGGAUUUCCUCUGCUGUUACCGAGGAAAAAUUCAACUCAUUUAGAGUUUGAAGGAUAUGACUUACCAAAGGACAGUAUAAGCUUGAAACCCAAGAUCGAGAUCCUUGAAGUCGAGUCUCAAUCAUAUGACAUUUUAGUUUUCACGGAGACUUGGCUGAAUAUGUCUGUUGUAUCUGCUGACCUACUCUUGCCAAAUUUUCAACCGCCCUUUCGAUGUGAUAGAAUGAACCGUAUUGGUGGUGGUGUCGCCAUUUAUGUCCGAGAGGGUAUCAUUGCUUCAGAAAGAGUAGAUCUUGCUAUUACUGGUCUUGGGGCGCUUUGGUUCGAACUUAUUGUUAACAAACGUAAAAUUAUCUUGGGAGGUAUCUAUCGACCACCUGACUCAAACAAUAACCAUUGGCUUCUCUUAGAACAAAGCAUAGAUCAACCAGUCGUGUGA